GACGCAGAAUUCGUGCUGCAUCAAAUCUAGCUAGCGGUACUCCUCGUUUAAUAAUAAAAACAAAAACAAAAAUCUCCCAAAAAAUAAAAUAAAAUAAAAAGGUAAUGAGAGGUAAAGGAAUUCAACAGCUCCUCCUACAAAAGGCAAAGUCAAGAUCUGUUAUGCUCCUCCGUCUUCACUCUCUGCUCUCCUCUCCCACAAUUUCCCCUCUCUCCUGCUCGUCGUGCUCUCGAUCAACAGCAGCCAUGUCCUCGGACGCCGCCCCGAAAUCGAUCACGGAUCAAAAGCGCGCUCUCAGAUCCAAAAUGCGCAGCGACCUCAAGGCCUUCUCUCCUGCUCAGCGAGCCCAAGAAGACAUGGCAAUUCAGAACAAUGUUCUGGAUUCUUCAUGGUUCAAGUCUGCUUCUAGCUUAUGUGCUUACGUUAGUUGUGAGGCUCUCCGUGAAGUUGAUACGUCAAGAAUCCUGUCAAAGAUACUGAAAAAUCAGGAUGCCGACCGCCAUGCACAGGUGAAUAAGAAAGUUUAUGUUCCACGAGUUGAGGACAAAAAUAGCCAUAUGCGGAUGCUCAACAUCACAAGUAUGGAAGAUCUGGUAGCAAAUUCUAUGAAUAUCCUGGAGCCAUCUCCUGUAGAUGCCAGUGGAAAUCAACUUGAGGAUGUUAUGCUGGCAAAUGACCCAGUUGACAUUCUUCUUCUGCCUGGGGUUGCCUUUGACAGACAGGGAGGACGUCUUGGUCGUGGUGGCGGGUAUUACGAUGUAUUCCUACAGAAGUACAAGGAGCUUGCCAUGGAGCGAAAGUGGAAGCAGCCUCUUUUGAUUGCGCUUGCAUACUCUUUGCAAAUUGUGGACGAGAAUGUCAUUCCUAUGACUCCCACUGAUGUUCCUAUAGACGCUCUCGUCUCUCCCUCCGGUGUGAUUCCGAUAAGCUCAGCAGCAAGGGAGGAGAUGUGUGAUUCCGAUAAGCUCAGUGGCAAUGGAGAAGAUGUGAUCUGACUCUGAUUUAUGAAACAAGAAGAAGAAGUUUCCCAUCGGUGUAGCUCUCAGAGUCGUCAAAAGAUAUAACAUAUAAGCCAAUGUAUCAGCUAAUUUCAUAUGUAUACUACCAGAACGUUUUUUUUUUCUUUUUUCUUUUGAAUAAAUACUGUAAUGAAAACUUAAUCUACUAGCAAAGGCUGCAAAAAAUUGUGUGUCUCCACUCGAAUCCUUCAUUUAUUAUGUACCAGAAGGUAUAUAUCUUCAAAUUCCAUGCAAUGCUAUGAGAAAUUUUAUA